AUGCCUCCCAAGAAACGGAAGCAUCUCAAGCGUGGAGAUCACAUAAAUCGUCCCUUGCCUCUGACAUCAAAUGUAACUGACGAAGAAGGCAAUCAAGCGCCAAGACGAAAGAAGCUGUCGAGGAAGAAAACGUCGCGAGGCAAUCAGUACAUCGACGAAGACUUAAGCAGCAAGAUCCUGAAGGUCGCCAGUCAGCAGAGGGAAGAACUGCCGGACGAAACGACGACCCUGCAGUUGUACAUUGCCAGCGUUAAUAAACCGAAAAUCGUUCCUCAGGUCAGGUUCAGAGCGCCGAGCUUGUCGUCCGACGAUUCAUCUGGCGAAGAUGACUCUGAAAUGGGCAUGUUUCGUGACCAACCUGCAGCCCCGGUGUUGGACGAAAAGGAUAUUCUGGAUUUCGAGAAGUUUAUGAGUCCUGUGCCGCGAAAGCUGAAGUCUCUCGGCGAUAUUAUCGCUGAAAAAAUAGCCGCCAAGCAAGAAGAGGUCGCAUCCCAGUUGUCGGAUGACGUCGGUUGUGUGGUUGUGCGCGAUAUCGACCCGCAGGUAGUAGAAAUGUACCGCGGAGUUGGAAAGGCUCUGUCGUCCUACCGAAGCGGAAAGGUUCCGAAACCUUUCAAAAUCAUACCUCAGCUCGUGAACUGGGAGCAGGUGAACGAAAUGCACUGUUUUGUCUCCGUCCGUCUAACCCCUCUUCUUUACAUUCGUAUGAUUUAA